AUGGCGACAGGAAGCCACAUGCAUAAUCUCACCACCCUUAUCAAGCGGUUGGAAGCCGCGACCUCCCGCUUGGAGGAUAUGGCUAUGUCACUGGAUGACCCCAACUCGCCCAAGACCAUAGCCCCCCCUGCUGUGCCUGAAGCUGCUACUCCUGAGCCUCCCAAGUCAGCUCCCGCUGCGGCUCCCGCGCCGCCUCCCAUCCCGCCGCAAAUCCAGGACUUUGACACCCUGAUUAACGAGGAUGUCCGAAACUUUGUGGAACUGGGCCAGAAGAUCAAUGGCUUGGUCGGAGAACAGUCCAAGGUAGUCCUUCAAGCCUUCGAAGCCGAGCGCACCUACCUCCUUGUGUCCACGAAAGCUAGAAAGCCCGAGCAGCAGCCCCCGGAGCUCAUGACGGGCCUCCACAAUGCUUCGGACAGCAUCAACAACAUUCGCGAGUCGAACAGAGCUUCUCCACUCUUCAACCACUUCAGCGCAGUCGCGGAGGGUAUUGUUGCCCUGGGCUGGUUCUUCGCAGACAAGCCCGCCGAUUUUGUCACUGAGAUGGCUGGAGGUGUCGAAUACUACGGAAACCAGGUCCUGAAGGAAUACAAGGAGAAGGACCGUACCCACGUCCAGUACAUCCAGGCCUACUACCAGAUCUACAAGUCCCUCGCCGCAUAUCUGAAGAAGCACUACCCUAAGGGCCUGACCUGGAACGACAAGGAUGGAAUCGACGCUCAAGAAGCUCUUAGACAGGUCAAGGCCGGUAGCUCUGGCCCUGCCGCCGGCGGUGCUGCUCCUCCUCCCCCGCCACCCCCUCCAGUUCCGACUCUGAACGUUCCUGGCGGUGUUCCUCCCCCUCCUCCCCCGCCGCCCGGCGUUCCUCCUCCGCCUGCAGCAGCCCCAGCUGCACCAGACAUGUCAGCUGUCUUCGACCAGCUGAACCAAGGUGAAGCCGUCACCGCUGGUCUUCGGAAGGUCGACAAAUCCCAGAUGACGCACAAGAACCCCAACCUUCGCGCCAGCUCCAUGGUUCCCGAUAGCCCAACCUCCGGAGGCAGCGCCGUUCGGGGCAAGUCGCCCGCGCCGAGCAAGAAACCCAAGCCGGAGAGCAUGCGCGCUCGCAAGCCGCCGCGCAAGGAUCUGGAGGGCAGCAAAUGGUUCAUCGAGAACUUCGACAACCCCGGCGAGAUCGUUGAGAUCAACGCGCAGCAGAACCACUCUAUCCUCAUCUCGCGCUGCAACAAGACUAUCAUCAAGAUCAACAACAAGGCCAACGCCAUCUCCAUCGACAACUGCACUGGCCUCUCCCUCAUCGUCGACUCGCUCGUCAGCAGCCUUGACGUCAUCAAGUCCCCCAAGUUCGCCCUCCAAAUAGACGGUGUCGUCCCCACCCUCCUCCUGGACCAGGUCGAUGGCGCUACCGUCUACCUGGGCCAGCAGAGCCUGGCCACCGAGGUUUUCUCCAGCAAGUGCACUGCAGUCAACAUCAUGCUGCCCCCUAAGGAGGGAACCGACGAGGAUACCAAGGAGUGCCCCAUUCCCGAGCAGAUCAAGACAUACGUGAAGAACGGCGUUCUGGUCAACGAGAUCGUUGAGCACGCUGGUUAG